GGAAGACUCGGCACCUUUGCAACUCGGCAGCGCAUCUCGGCCCCUUGGUCAGUGGCGGACAAAACAGGACCUCCCGGACGGACCCGCUGGAGGAAUGCAAACGAACAAGGCCGGUGAGACGGGGGGUGGUGGCGACAAGGAUGGAACCCACAAGUCCCGCGGUGCCCGAUCGUCUUCGAUGGACGGUUCCGUCGAGACCGUGUCCUCGAUGUCGUCCAUCCCGUCGAUCUCUUCCAUUCCGUCGAUCGAUGUGUCGCCCGACGAGAACGAAUGGGAGAGCGGCCUUCCAAGCCUCGGCGGCGCCGAGGGGGUGGGGCGAGCGCCAGAGCGAGAACCAGAGGCUGGGCAGCCACCCGACACCAAGCCGGACGCGCGGCAAUUCUGGUUGUUGUUUUAUCUCGGACAUUUGUGUGCCCUUCACGAUCCGACGCCUCGAACCUUCGCGUAAGUGGGUUAGCUGCCGGGAAUGCUUGCGGUUGCUGCUGCUUUGUUUUGCUGUGGAGUGGUUCACGAUGCAUUCGAUGAGUACUCUUUCGCUGACCGCGGUUCCGGAUGUUCUGCCAUUGUUUCCUUCUUUCUUGCCGACCCGUCGGAACCAACCAAUCCGAAUACCAAUCCGAAUACCAAUGCGAAUAUCAAUACCAAUCCGAAUACCAAUGCGUUGCUCCAGUGUCCACGUGCUGGAUUUUUACGAGCAGGGAAUCUUCGAUCGAAAGGCGAUUCGUUUUCUCUCCGACCUCGGAUUGUUUCCGGCGUCGGAGGUGGAUUCGCAGGGCCUGGUGGCGAUCGCGCCCGGGAGCGCCACAGCCGCAAACGCAAACGCCAGGGCCAACGGAACCUCGACCGAAAACCGGGUCUCGGUCGUGGCGGUGGGCGACCAACGGGAAUCCUUGGGGGUGCUCGUCGACCGCCACGGGGAUCGCGAGGUCGUUGCAAUCCAUGCUUCGAGCGGACUGGCUGCGAUCGGAGACACGACCGAGCAGGCUCUGAGCCCCACGACCAAUGUGUUGCAUCACAUUGGCAGUGCCGUCCCAGAAGUGACGACUCUUCACAGCCCGCAGACCCUCAGGUCACUGGAGGCGGACAGGAUUCGAAACAAGCUGAAGCAACACGACAAUGCAUACGACAACAGCACCAAAAAGAAACACCCAACAACCAGAGGCACAGCGACCGACGGAGAUCGUUUGCCGAUCGACCAUGGCACUCGUGACAAACCCAAAUCAUGGGACGUAAAGCAUUAUCCGCUAUCGAUGAGUCAUUACCAACGGGAAUUCAAGGAAAUUGCUCUGCUGAACUCCGGUGCCUUUGGUUCGGUGUACCGGGCCAUCCGGAAGCUGGAUGGAUGCGAGUACGCCGUCAAAAAAAUCACGUUCGACAUUAUGGGAUACUCCCACGAAAGCAUCGAGAGGGUCAUUCGGGAGGUCCAGUGCUUGGCUGUCGUCAACGACCAUCCAAACAUUGUCAGUUACUACACAAGUUGGUGGGAACCGACCUGGAUGACGAGCAACGCAAGCGACUCGUUCGGUGCCCGCGAAACACUUGCGAUCGAAGCACCUAGCGUGAAAGAUCUAUCGUUGCCACAAAACGAUGAUUCUUCGUCUUGGUCCCCGGACAGUGGCUACGACGAUUACUAUUGGGACUCCACGAACGACGCCGAAUCCUCCCGCAAUGCAAGAAAGGAUCCGCGAAAUCGGGCACAGAAUCGGAACAAAAUCAGCCUUUACAUCCAGAUGGAGCUCUGUCUCCCAAAAACCCUCCAGGACUGGAUCMGGGAACGCAACCUACAAAUACCCGAAUCGGACCACGAAAAACGCAUGGGACCGGCCCUAGAAAUCUUCCGACAAAUAUGUAGCGGUCUAGCUCACAUUCACAAAUCCGAUGUCAUUCACCGGGACCUGAAACCGGCAAACAUCUUCUCCAGCAGCGAUGGAAAGGUCAUAAAACUCGGCGAUUUCGGGCUCAGCAAACAGCUCCACGAAAUUGUCCACCAGCAACAAAAGCAAGCUGGCAGCAGCAAGCCGACAUCGCCGCGGCCUCAAUCGCCGUCCAAGAACUACAGCGGGCUCUCUAACAGGUCGCCAUCGCGCAACGAUGCGAUAGUUCCCUUGCGCGGCGAGACUCGUCCCGCGGCCCAAGCCCUCGUCCGGUGCAACACCGUGGGUGACAAUCUGACAGCCGGAAUCGGCACCGCAUCGUAUGCAGCCCCGGAGCAGGUACAGCUCAAUACCUAUGGGACGGCGGUCGACGUUUUCAGCCUCGGCCUGAUCCUCUUGGAACUGGUGUGCUGCUUCGAGACGGAACACGAACGCCUGCACAACUUCCAGCAAUGCCGCAACCAGCGCGUCCCCGGGUGGCUCGAGGAGAACCAUCCCGACAUUGCUUCGACCAUCCUGGCCUGCACUCAUCCAAACCCAUCGAAACGACCCACGGCGAGCGCACUCGUGGAUGCCGUUGAGCUCAAAACCCCGCGGGCACACAAAGAGAUCCAGGUUCUCAGGGGGCAGCUGGCGGAAAAGAACGCGGAGAUUGCCGAGAAGGAUCGAACGAUCGAAGCCAUGCGUUUGGAAAUCGAGAGGAUGCAAAAAUCGUUGCUGGCGUCGAAAAAAUGGAAUCGACCUGAGGAAGGAAUAGCGGUCACGGACGUCGAAACAUUCGACGAAGAGUGCGUGCACUAACAAAAGGAAGAGGGCAGAUGCUACCGUACAACCGUGCAGUCUUCAAACAGAAGACAAAUAACGAUAAAUAUCACGAAGUUCGAAUUGGCUCGUGCAUGCGGAUCAUAUUGAAUGCUGGUACAAAGUAGCUAAAUCCUCUAGUGUUGGUUAUUUUUUAGAACCUUUGUUCUUCUUCUUUUCUUUCGCCCCCUUCACUUUGUUUUUCGUCUUUGUUGUUUUUGUUUCCUUAACUUUCUUCGCCUUUUUAUCUUUUUUUGGCUUUUUAUCUUUCUUUCCUUUCUUGUCCUUAUCCUUCUUUUUGUCUUUCUUUGCCUUUUUCUCUUUUUUUCCUUUCUUGUCCUUGUCCUUCUUUUUGUCCUUCUUUGCCUUCUUGUCCUUCUUGUCCUUCUUUGUCUUCUUGUCCCUCUUGUCCUUCUUGUCCUUCUUGUCCUUCUUUGCCUUCUUUUCCUUUUUGUCCUUCUUGUCCUUCUCUUUUUCUUCUUUCUUUUUUUUCUUUUCCUUCUCUUUCUUUGCUUGCUUUUUUGCCUCCUUUUCUCUCUCCGCUCUCACUUUUUCUUCUCUCUCUUUCCAUGCUGCUAUACGAUCAUGGUCAACAUUGCC